UCGGGGCGGCUCUGAUCGGAUCGGAACCGCUCGGGUUCCGUCGGACCGGGGUCCAGUCCGAGCUGCGGCCGCUCGGAACUGCUCGGCUCAGAUCGGCUCGGAACCAGUCGGGUCUUGCUCGAACCAGUUGGCACAACAAGGCUCAACCCAGCCCAGCUCGGGUCGGUUUGGGUCGGAUCCAGAACCCGCCAGCCCAGUGCAGCCGCAGUGGCCUGGCUUGGUUCAGUCAGGCUCAGCUCAGCCCAGUUCUUGGCUCAGCCCGGUUUGGGGUGUCCCGGUUGGAUUCAGCCCAGUUCAGCCCAUUUCAGCCCCACUGGCCUGGCUUGGCUUAACCAGACUCGGCUCAGCCCAGUUCUUGGCUCAGCCCAGUUUGGGGUGUCCCAGUUGGGCUCAGCCCAGUUCAGGCCACCUUAACCAGGCUCAGCUCAGCCCAGGUUUGCUCAGCCCAGCUUGGUUUAACCCAGGUCAGCCCUGCCUGGCUUCAUUGGCCUGGCUUGGCUCAGCUCAGCCUGGUUUUACUCAGCCCAGUUUGGCUCAGUUCAACCCAGCUUAAUCAGGCUCAGCCCACCUCAGUUUGGCUCAGCUCAUCCCAGUCCAGUUCAAUUUGACCAGUCCCAGUUCAGUUCUUUUCACCCCUGUUCAGCUCACUUUGGCCAAUCCCAGUUUGGCUCAGCUCAGCCCUGUUCAGCCCAGGCUGCCCAACCCCAGUCCAACUCUGCCCAUCCCAGUUCAGCCCAGUUUGGGCAAUCCCAGUUCAGUUUUUCUUUUUAGGUCCCCUGGGCCCAUUCCCGGUAUCAUUUCCAGUGCCAUUCCCGGUGCCACUCCUGGGGUUCAUUCCCAGGAUCCCUGUCCCGGUGAGGAUGAGGAAGGAGAGGACGAGGACGAAGCCCUCGGGCACCAUUGGUGCUGCAGCACGGCCAGGUCACCUCCAGCGACAGGACAAGUGACACGUGGUGACAUCCCUGCUGGGGCACGGCCCAGCUGGCACGGCCGGCGGGCACCUCUCCAGGCACUGGCACCGCGCUCCGCUAAUUAACGGGGCAGAGAUAACGAGGGCACGCGCAGCGGGCACCGCACCGGGCAGAUGGCACCGAGCUGUGUCCCCAAAGCCAGCGCCGAGGUGGCACCGGGGAGAGAGAGGCUGUGCCCGCGUCCCUGUCACCUCUGUCACCCUGAAAUGCCCAGGGACACAGCCCUGGGUGGGGACCCAGAGACCCCCCCAGUGCCCAGGGACACCCCCAGUGCCUAGAGACCCCAAAAUGCCCAAAGACUCCCCCAGUGCCCAGGGACCCCACGAUGCUCGGGUACCCCCAAUGCCCAGGGACCCCCCCAGUGCCGGGGUACCCCUCGAUGCCCAGGGACCCCUCAAUGUCCAGGGACCCCCCGAUGCCCAGAGAUGCCACAGGACGCAGGUACCCCUCGAUGCUCAGGGUCCCCUACUAAUGUCCAGGGACCCCACAGUGCUCGGGUAUCCCCCAAUCCCCAGGAACCCCCCAAUGCCCAGUGGGGACAAUGAGCCCCCCUUGGGACACAGGGAGGCCCUUGGGGACAAUUUGGGGGUGACCAGAGCACCCCUUGGGACACAGGGAGGCCUUUGAGGACAAUUUGGGGGUGUCGCGUCCCCCCUUUGGGCACCACGUGUGGCCUCACCGGAAUAGGGCGUGAUCUGUAGCAGGGGGCGUGGCCAAAAAACCAAUAGGAAGCGGCGGCCUUCGCUGUGACCACGCCCCCCAGCCCCGCCCCCUUUUUGAAACCCUCAGGCCCUUAAACGUCAAUCAAAACGUGGCGGGCUGGCUGCCCGGCCAAUCACAGACAAUUCUCGGUAAAGGGGCGGGGUUUACCGUGUAUCCACCAAUCCGAAUGAGGAAUGGGCGGAGCCUUCCUCCCGCGGGAUUAUUCGCACUUCCGGGUCGCGCCGCCGUUUCCGCCUGACCCGGACGUUCUGCUGAGGGAGCUUCCGGUGCGGCUGCGGCGCGGCCUCGUCGGGCCGCGCUCCGGUUUCCGUUCCCGCUCCCGGUCCCGCUCCCGCUCCCGGUGCAGCCAUGGCGGAUGUAACCGCCCGUAGCCUGCAGUACGAGUACAAGGCGAACUCCAACCUCGUGCUGCAAGCCGACCGCUCGCUGAUCGACCGCACGCGCCGGGAUGAGCCCACGGGGGAGGUGCUGUCCCUGGUGGGGAAACUCGAGGGGACACGCAUGGGGGACAAGGCCCAGAGAACCAAACCCCAGAUGCAGGAGGAGAGAAGGGCCAAGAGGAGGAAGCGGGAUGAGGACAGGCACGACAUCAACAAGAUGAAGGGGUACACGCUGCUGUCCGAGGGCAUCGACGAGAUGGUGGGGAUCAUCUACAAACCCAAAACCAAGGAGACACGAGAGACCUACGAGGUCCUGCUGAGCUUCAUCCAGGCAGCCCUGGGGGACCAGCCCCGGGACAUCCUGUGUGGCGCUGCAGACGAGGUGCUGGCCGUGCUCAAGAACGAGAAGCUGCGGGACAAGGAGCGGCGCAAGGAGGUGGAGCUGCUGCUGGGCCCCACGGACGACACGCGCUACCACGUGCUGGUCAACCUGGGCAAGAAAAUCACCGACUACGGCGGGGACAAGGACAUCCAGAACAUGGAUGACAACAUUGACGAGACCUACGGGGUGAACGUGCAGUUCGAGUCCGAUGAGGAGGAGGGGGACGAGGACAUUUACGGCGAGGUUCGGGACGAGGCGUCCGACGACGACCUGGAGGGCGACGAGGCCGUGGUGCGCUGCACCCUGUCAGCCAACCUGGUGGCUGCAGGGGAGCUGAUGAGCUCCAAGAAGAAGGACCUGCACCCCCGGGACAUCGACGCCUUCUGGCUGCAGCGGCAGCUCAGCCGCUUCUACGACGACGCCAUCGUGUCCCAGAAAAAGGCAGACGAGGUCCUGGAGAUCCUCAAGGCGGCGGGGCCGAGCGCGGCCAUCAGGCGGCCCCGGGGCGCUGCCCAGCGGCCCCGCCCGGAGGAGCCGCCGCCGCCGCCGCUCCCGGUGCCGCUGCCGCUCCCGGUUCUUUUUCCGCCGCCGGUUCCGCUCCCCGUUCCUCUCCCGGCUCCUCUCCCGGUUCCCCUGGCGGCGCCGCUGGCGAUGUCCCGCUGUCCCCAGGCCCGCGCUGCCCUCCCGCAGCCGCCGCGGCGCUGCAGCAGCGGCAGCAGCAGCAGCAGCGGCCGGUCCCGCGCGGAGCCGCCCCCGGGGCUGUUGCCGGCCCCGCCGCGGGCUCCGCUGGCCCCGCGGGCGGCGAGCGCGGCCAGCGGCCGCCACAUGCCGCCCCCGCCGCGCCGCGCGUCGCGCCCCUUCUACGUCAUAGGAGCGCGCCGCAUCCUGAUUGGUUGCUGGCGGGCGCUCUUGUGUUACGUCAUCAACGCGCGCCGCCACGCUGCUAUUGGUGAGGGCAGCACCGCCCCGCGCGCUGAUUGGCUGUGGCGGUAA